UAUCUCAACUACAAUAGAUUAACAAAUAAUUUUUCUCAUUUUCUCACUUACUGUGUAUUUUUUUUUAAGAAAACAAGAAUUUUAAAACAUUCCAGUAUCUAAUCUGCUUUUCUUGUCACAAAUUCAGUCUGAGGUUCUGAAAGACACUGUGUGGAUAAAUUAAAAUUUAUUUUUUUGAACUUUUAAAAUGUUUUAAAACCAUUUAUGAUGGCAAAUACAAUUUAUUUGAUAUAUAUCUGCAAUAUAAUUGUUGUGCAUGUUCAUUCAUAUAUUAAUUAUUCAAAUAUUUCUAAUUUUUGAUUUUUUAGUCCCCCUUUGGAUACUUUUGGAUCUAUCACUGUGACAUGUGGUGUGAUAUUAGAACUUUUAUUGUUAUGGAAAUUAAGAAGAUGCUACUUAUGCAAAGAUGGUCAAUAGAAAAUUUUAAUAUUGGAAUUAUAAAGAAGAAAUCAACAUGAACAUUUAAAACUGUGAAAAAACUAUAUAUAUUUUUUGAUGUCUUGAGAUAAUGGAUUCAGACAUUUCUGAAAAUCUAGAUAACAGUUGUGAUAUAAAUAUUUCAAACAGCUUUGUAUUCAAAGCAAAAGGACCUCAUGAUACUCCUAGACCAUGGGUAUGUAAAUUAUGCCAAUUUCCAUUUAAAUUCAAAGGAAAUUUGUUAGAACAUAUGCGCUUUUUUCAUCUGAAAGGAAAAGUUCCUUGUAAUUAUUGUGAGAAAACAUUUCCCACAUCAAAUCAUUUACGUAAGCAUAUGAAGGAGCAUGCUUUUCAAAGAAAUAGAUGUCCUCAUUGUGGAACAAAACUUGAUGACAUAAAUUGUACAUAUGACGUACACCUUAACUUUUGCAAACGCCGCCCAAAAGUUCCAUUACGUAGUUGUGAAGGAAUGAAAGUAACUGCUACCAAUGGUAUAUCAUCAAAACGUAAAAAGAUUAUAAAUAAUAAUCAUAUUCAUUCUUGGCAAUGUAUUGAAUGCAACAUUCAGUUUAUGGAUAAAGAAUCAUUCAAUAAACAUGAAUGUCUUUCAGCUGCAUCACCUUCUAAAUCAUCUAAAUUAGAUAUUGCAUCUAAUAUUUCAGAAAACAUUCCAACUAUGGAUGAAAUUCUCUCAGUUAAUUUAUCAAAUAUAGAAUCAAGUAAUCCAAUAAGUCCAGAAUCAUUAAGUUCUGUUGAAUCUAGUAUUCAGAUAAAUACAUCAAAUUCAUCAAAUGACUCAUCAAAUACUCCAAAGUCAGAUAUAAUUUUCUCAAUUAAUUCAGCAAAUGAAGAAACACACAAUCAUUUGAAUUCUGAUUUAUCUAAUUCUACUGAUUCUAGUAUUCAUUUAAAUACAUCUAACUGUUCUAAACUUGCUAAUAUUCUUUCUGAUAAUUCUAAGAAUUCAGAUGAACCAAUUCAUCCAUUAUCUGAUAUUUCAAAAUUAGAUUCUAAUAAUAUAUCAAAUGUCAAUGAAAAUAUUUCAAUAAAUCCAAUUAAUUGUGAAAAAUUCUCAGAAAAUUCUCCAAAACCAAGUAUUUCUACAAGUAUCUCACAGUCAUUAACUUUAGUCAAUACUCUUGCAGUUAAUUCAACAAUUUCAAAUUUAAGUACUACUUGUUCAUCCUCUGAAACUUCAAAAUUAGAUUCUGUAAAAUCUGACAAUGUUGUGAAUAUAACUAGUCCUGUAACAAUACCAAGUUCUUUAAUUGCACAUUCUGUUUCCACUAGAGAUUUGGCUAAAACGAGUUUUUCAGAGUCAUCUAAUCAUUCUUCACUUGAAAUUAAACUUUGCAAUUCAACAAACUUGAAUAAUUCUGGUACAGAGAAAACAACAAUUACUAAGAGAUAUAAGGAGACACCUUCAAAUACAACAAAUUUAUGUAAUGAAAUUUCAGUAUCAAGUAUAAAUACUUCUAAUUCUUCAAAAUUUGAUAAUGGUUUGUUUACAGAUGAAUUAUCAAAUGUAAAAACGAAUAUUUCAUUACCAAAUAUAGCAUCUAAUUUUUCAGGACUAAAUAUUCUCCCAUUAAAUUCAACAGUUUCAAAUUUAAACACUGAAAUGCCAAAUCUAUCAACUACUGCCUAUUCUAGAUUUGAUGUUGAUACAAUAACUCAAGAUUCGUCAAAGGUUAAUACUAGUACACCUAUAACAGAUACAAUAACUAGUUCUUCAGGAUAUAAUUCUUUGCUAAAUAUUAAUUCUGUAAAUUCAAAUUGGGAAUCGCUUGGUCUUUCUAUGGCAGGUUCAUUUACGUCUAAUUCCCCAAGAUUUAUGUCAUCAUCUACUGAAUCACCAAACUCAAAUAUUCUUCUAAAUGGAAUUCCAAAUUGUUCUAGAGUUUUUGAUUCAUCAAAUACAAUGAAUUCAAAUUUAAACAUUAGUAAUCCUGGAACAAAUACAGUUUAUAAUUCUUCAAGAUUUGAUAAUAGAUCAAAUGAUUUUUCAACUUCUUUUGUACCUACAGCUGGAAUGACACAACCAAAUUUGAGUCUUUCACCUAAAAGUUCAAGUUUGCUAGCUUUGGCAAAUUUCUGCAAUCAGAAGCAGCUCAAUACAAAAGACAGUGUUUAUUCUUCACAUUUGAGAACAUUUACAAGAGCCAUUGAUUCAGUAUCUCAUAAUAAAGAAAUUUUAUCAAGAACUACAAAUUUUAAUAUUCCAUCAAUUAAUCAUAGAAAUAAUUCCUCAAUUCCUAAUUUAUAUAAUAAUGAACUGAAUUUUGCACCUCCUGUUUUUAAUUCUUAUAUGUUUCCAUCAUCUGGAAUAAGGAUGACACCACCUGUGAAUUUUCCUCAAAAUGUUCCAAACUUUUUUAAUCCUAUGUUAAGCCCUCUAAGGCCACCAACACAAUGCUUUCCAUAUGUAAGAAAUUCUGUUGAGAAUAUAAGUUGUAAUCCAAGGAAUUCAAUUGAAAAUAUAUCAUGUAAUUCUAUUAAUGCAUCAUUUAUUCCAAGAUUACAUCCAUAUCAAUUAAAUAAAACAAAUUCUGCCAACAUCCAUUGUAUUGAAUGUCAAUAUCCAUUUUGUCUCAGUCAGUUAAAAUCUCGUGAGAUACCUUAUCGAUGUCCUUAUUGUUCAAUGGUGUUUAAAAAGAUAGAAUGUUUAAAUAAUCAUGUAGCAUCUGUACAUGUGACAAAAACAUACCAAAAUAUAAAUUCUCCCACUAUAUUUAAUAGAAAUUACAAUAUUUUAUGUUGUGAAUACUGCAAGAAUAAUUUCUGUGAUCAAAAAUCACUCAUUGCUCACAUCCAACAGUGUCCAUUAAAGAAAUGUGAUAAUUUAGAAAUAAAAAGUACAUGGGUUUGUAAUAAUUGUAACAAAUAUUUUACUUCAAAAUUAUUACUUUUAGAUCAUAGUGCAUCUUGCAAAAUUUCUGUAAUGCAAAUAAAACCUCAAGCUUAUAUUGAAAAACCUCAAACUGCAAGUAUAUCAUCAGAACAGGAUAAACAGGAAAAUAAUGAAAGACAAAAUUCUUUUACUAAUAUUAGUCAUGAUAAAUCAGUUGUUUCUCCAUUAGAACAUAAUUUAUCUAAGUCUCAAAACAUGAGCUGCAUAACUUGUGGACAUACUAUCUAUGGUAAAGGAAAACUUUGUGUAUUUUGUUGGUUGAAAUUUGCACUGAGUCAAGAUUUUAAGAAAUUAAUGAAUAGUGAUCUAACACUUGCAUUUACAUCACAAAGCAUACUUUAUAAACCUAUUAGUUCAAAAACUUUUCAAUCUGAUAUUGAAGUUUCAACAGAAAUUGCUUGCUGUGAUAAAUUAAAAUUAAAAUGUUACUUUUGUGCAUGCCACUUCUCUAAUAUUCCUAGUUUUGAAGCACAUUUAGAUGAUUGCUGUAAAAAUAAAGGGUCUGAAAACAUAGGUGUAAUAUGUUGUUAUUGCUUAAAUAUUUUUACAGAGGUAUCAGCUUAUACAGAUCAUGCUAAAAAUUGCAAAAAUUAUUUAGCUAAUAAAUUAUCAUCAGAAAAUACCUCAAAUAAUAUAAUGAGGCUUAAUGAGAAAGUAGAUUUACAACAAUCUUUACCUGAUAAGAAGAUUUGGGAAUGCAAUAAAUGCAAUAAAGUUUUUACUACUAUACCAUUAUUUAAUGCACAUCUUCCAUUGUGUAAAAUUGAUAAACUUAAUGAUAUAAAGAAUAAAGUUAAAAGGCUUAAUAAUAAUGUAGAUGAACAAUUAUUAAAAUUUCCUGCCAAAGUCAGUUCAAAAACAUUUCCUCUUUCAAAGUGUUUUGAAAAGAAAAUGUCUUCAGUUAAGUUAUAUUGUCCACGAUGUGGACUUUGUUUUGAUAGCAAACAAAAAUUGAAGUUCCAUCCAUGCAAACAAAUUUUGAAGCAUAUGACCUCAUGUUCUGUGCAUUUAGAGCCUUUGACAGGCAGUAAAAUAAUGUUAAUGGCCCAAUUACUGUGUAAAAAUGGUCAUUCUAAACGAAUAGGUACACAAAAGAAACAUUGUCUUUCAUAUCGGCAAAGAUAUAAUGAAAUAUUUUCGUCAUCUAAAAUUCUAGUUAAUAAUUCUACAAACACACAAAAAAAUUGUGAAUUUAGUGAAAAUUUAUCCAAAAGUAAUUCAAAUAAAAAAAGGAUUAUUGAUGAUGAAAAUUUAUUAAUUAAUGUAUUUUCUGAUUAUGAAAAGAAAUUUCAUAAGCUUACACAAUUUCAUACAACAAUAUAUUCUCAUAAAUUUGUUUGUAUAUGUGGUCAAGUAAGGCCUUAUCUUCAAGCAUCAAUUCAUAUGAAAAUUCAUAAAUGUAGUAAAAAUCAUCAAAUGAAAUUCUUGAAACCUCUUUGGCCAAGUGAAUUCAAAAAAUAUAACAAUUUAACUUGUUUUUCGUGUAAAAAUUGCAAGAACAUUUUUCAAAAUGUUGAAUUUUUCACAGGUCAUUUAACUUUUUCAUAUGCAUGUAGGACGUUUUACAGACAAAUGGCCAAAAAGAGGAAAAAACUGAAAAAACCAGUAAAAAGUAAAAUUAUUCAUAAACCAAAUAAUGUAAAUAUUUGUCAUAAUUCUUUUUCAGAAAUAUGUACAUCUAAACACAAUGAACAAAGUGAAGAAAAAAUAUAUCAGUUAUCUGAUAAAUCUAGUGUAGAAACUUGUAAGAUGGUGGUACAUAAUAAUAUAGUUAAAAAAGAAUCUUCCUUAAAUGAACCAAUUCCUAGUUUAUCUUCUAUAGAGUUUGCAGAUAAAAUUGCUAAGUGCAUAAAAGAAAUGUCUUCCAGGAGUAUUGCACAAGAAAAACAAAAAAAACAAGAAUCUUUGAAGAGCACUUUAGACUCUAAGAACAAAAUUGUUAAACUAUCAAACUGUGAUGGUUGGAUGGUUGAAUUUGAUUCUGCUACUGGAGACUGGAGAUACAAUACGGUAUUAAAGUACAUUUGUGCAACUUGUUAUAAAUCUUUACUUUCCAAAACAAGUUUAAUUGAUCAUUUGAAAAAAGAGCACAAUAUACAUGGUGUUAUAAAACUUUCAGUCAUAAAGAAACAAAAGUCCAGUGAUAGUGUUUCUAAUGAAUGCAAAGAGAAGAAAGAUUAUUCUGUAAAUAUUGAACCAAUUGAACGUUCCUCAUGGUCUCCUAUCAUCACAAAUACGUUUUCACUCAGUUUAUCAAGUUUUGAAUGUCAAGUUUUGAAUAAUGGUAAGAAAAAUAACUGAAUUAACAACAGUUUGCCAGAGAAUUUGCAGCUAUGAGAUAUUUCAUGUAUGUUUUUGAUGUAGAAUUAGAAUUUUUAAUUAUAAACCAAAACAAUUAGAAAUGAUAUUAAACUGUACAGUUUGUGAAUAUUUGUAUAUUUUGUGAUACACAACACAUGAUAAACCAGAUCUCAAAUUCAGGUAUUAUUUCAUUUCAUAUUAUUGUGAAAAUAAAAUUUGUGUAAU